CUGUCAGAGAAAAGGAUGUGAAGAUGCCCCAGGAAUAUACAAAUAUAGAUGCUGUCACACCGUUCACCCAUGUUCUGGAAAGAAGAGAUUUAGCUGCACACACAGAUCUUCAGAGUCUCUCUGGUUCCAGUGGAGACAAGGUUCCCACUUGUCAGGUGGACAAGACAGAAGAUGGGCAGCUAGGGCUUGCUACCCUAUGACCUGUAGAGUCUGUUGAUUGUCUCCCCGGCCAGGCUCAGUUUGUGUGCAGUGAAUGCAAGAAGAGCUUCCUGUACAGGUCUCAGUUCAUCAUCCACCAGAGAUCACACACAGGAGAGAGACCCUUUGAGUGCAGCGUGUGCAACAAGGGGUUUGUGCAAUCCUCAGACCUUCGGGUCCACAAGCGCAUCCACAGGGGUGAAAAGCCUUAUGUGUGCAGCAUCUGCAGCAAGGGGUUUGCCCACAAGUCCACCCUUCUGGGUCACCUUAGGAUCCACACAAAGGAGAAGCCUUAUGAGUGUGAGCAGUGUGGGAAAUGCUUCAACCACAAGGGCAACCUCAAUGUCCAUCUCAGCAUCCACAGCGACUCAAAACCUCACAGUUGUAAGGAGUGUGACAAGGCCUUCAGACAGCAGGGGACUCUGAAAAGACACAUGAAAAUCCAUUCAAGAAUGGCAUCCUUGUGAGUCUGUAUCCAGAUUGAAGUCUUUUCCUAGAGACACUGUUGCUAGGUUACCCUUGUUACGUGGCAACACCCUGGGAGCACUUAAAGAGAUGCCUCAUCCCUUGAA